GUGGUUUCGUGGGAAGCUCCGCUCCCGUCGCCCGUCCUAGAGCCUGCCACGCUGGAGCUGCGCCGAGGAUCUUCUGAUGUUCCCUGUUGACUCGAGCCUUCGUCCUUCCCCAGAAUGCCCCACUCUUCCAGCACAGCCGAGCGCAGCCCUGAAGAGAACAUGGACGCCGUGGCCGAGGAGUUCCAACAGGUGCUUUCCAUUGACCAGAUCCGUGCCAUCCGUGCCUCCAAUGACUACGUGGAGAGACCUUCGGCCGCUUUCAAGCCCCCUUCUGUGUCCCAGCAGCAGGGGGCCCACAAGCAGGAGGCGGUUCCGGAGCAGCUGGUGUCCUCCGUUGUCCAGGACCUUCAUCCGCCGCACCCGGGGCUGACUUUCCAGCAGCCCCUGAGCCAUUCCAGCACUGCCAGCUCCAUCUCCCACAGCACCACCACCUCCGAGCAGCGGCUCCUCAGCGGGAUCACGCCCUCGCAUUCUGGGCACUCCCUCGUCCGGACGCAGCCCCGAGCUGGUGACCUGAAACCCGAGGAGCUGCUGAAGGGGGCUGCCGAGAAGCCGCCUUCCUUCCACACGGGCCACCUCUUCAUCUGCGAGGAGUGUGGCCGCUGCAAGUGUGCCCGCUGUGCGGCUGCCCGCAGCCUGCCUUCCUGCUGGCUUUGCAACCAGCGCUGCCUCUGCUCUCCGGAGACCCUCAUUGACUAUGGGACUUGCCUCUGCUGUGUCAAGGGCAUCUUCUACCACUGUUCCUCGGAUGACGAGGACACCUGCGCCGAUGACCCAUGCUCGUGCAGCCCUGGCUCCUGCUGUGCCCGCUGGGUUGCCAUGAGUUUCCUCUCUUUGCUCAUGCCCUGCUUGUGCUGCUACUUUCCAACCUUGGGGUGCCUCAAACUUUGCCAGCGGGGCUACGACACCCUGAAACGGCCUGGCUGCCGCUGCCAGAGCCACACCAAUACGGUCUGUCGGAAGAUCUCCUCGUCCAGCGGGGCAGCCUUCCCCAAGACUUUGGACAAGCCGGUAUGACGCCUCCUUCCUGCCUCACUAAGGGGGAAACUGGCUGUUCUUCAUCUUCUCUUUCAGCUUUUCCUGCUGUGAAAGCCUCUGCCUGGGGACAAAGCACAGAGGCCAAUCACCGAAACCCCCGUUGGGUAGUGAAGCUUGUUCCAUGAUGGAGACCUCUCGUCCUAGUUGAGCUUCAAGGGUUUUGCACAUCUUGCCAAUGGCCACGGGCAGGUGGAAUGGGAAGCUGAAACACACACUAAUGAUCACAGUCAAGGGUGGGAUAGUGAUUUGCUACAGGAUGGCUCAGGAUUCUGACCUCCAGAAUGCCUUAUGAGUUAGGAGCCUGUGGUGGGUCCCAAAAAUUAAUGUUGCACCUGAGCACUGCAACACCUGGGGAAUAAGGCCAUUAUAAUCCCAAGCUUAGGGCUCAUGUUCCACACCUCUUUCUGCCCUGCACAAUUUGCAGAGGGAGGGGGAAGGAGAAGCUUCCAAACCAUAGCGAGCGGAGAUGGCUGCACCAAAUAGAUGUGCUUUUUUGGGUUGACAAGACGGGAAACAGUUGAGGAUGUUUGUCCGGAAAGGGGGGGAGGAAGGUUAAAAGUCACAAGUGUUUAACGGUUUUUGAGGGUGAAUACUUCUUCAGUUGCAUGACGAUGUGAGACAGGCUCAGCCACAAGGUGUGAGGGGUGGGCUUCUACACAGUCUAUUAUCUGAAGCCUCAAGUCUGCUGGGCCCGAAACAAUGCAGGCUCGACCUCCAUCCUUCCUGGGCUUAAUAGGGUAUUGGAUAGCAUGAAACAUCACUGUGGGUCUAGCCAGGGCUAAAGGUAGGCAUUGUCUGCCCCUCCUUGCUUGCCAAAUCACUUCUGUAGCUGAUGCAUUUCUUCCUCUAUCACCAUUCAGAGUAGAGAUUCUCCUUUGAGCACAAUAAGCUGACCCUUUCUUAAAUGUAAGGCAUACCCAGUACCAUAUCCUGCUGUACAGCUAAGCAGCAGCUUCCAACUGCUCAGGGUGACAGUUUUUAACUUGACAGCUGUCGUGUGACAUGGUUUCUCUUGAAAACAGAGAAUGGAGGGAAGGAAAAAUGUACAAUCAUGUGGAAAAUGAUGAUUGCACAUACUCCUGUGACUGAGAAUUGAGCUUCCAAUUUGACGGGGCAGGGAUAAGGGAAAGGCUGGCCGUCUUCCGGAGAGCUCGCUGGGAGGAGCGGAGAGUGUUCUCACCCCUCCUUGUCUAACUGCAAGCACUUUGAUUCCAUUUGACCAGAGGGGGUGGGUGUGUGGGCUCGAUUCUUCUGGGAGGCUUUGCACUAUUGCAUGGAGGGGAAAGCUGACCCUAGUGGAGCAAUUUGGACACUGGUUAACAGGCGUUUCCUUGGGAGUAAGUGGAGGUGGUUCAGAGUCAGAGGUAUAUUCUUCAGGCUGUUGACAAGCCAUAGAUAUUCCCAUUGGGUGGGGGAAAGAGGGUUGAAAAUGUGUGGUUCAGGCACUUUACUGCAUGUGGGUAGACUUUUAUUUUUUUGGCCGGCUCUGCAAAUUCUAGCCUCGUUGAAUGAAAACCUGGUUAAGCUAUAUGUCUUCUGCCCUUCCAGGCUUAAGAAGGAAAGUUCACACACCUGACCCAGACAGCUUGUGAUCUCCCAAACCAAUUUCAGUUCACCAUCCUCCCAGGGGCUUGGUGAUUCUCCUCGCUUUCUGUAGUCCUAGAAAGGCAGCUGAAAGUGACUGAGCUGCUGUAGAACUGUGUUUUUUGUUUAGUGGUGCCUUUGACCCACUGAAGGCUAUCAAGAUAACUCAGCUUCUCGCUUCUUCCUGGCCCCUCUUAAUCUUGGGCAGGGACCCCAUGUGCACACAACCCACUGAUUUGUCUUCAUUUAGAGGUUCCUUUGAUAUAUUUUUGUAUAUAUGAAUGCGGUGGUGGCUUAGGGAUCCUCUCUCGAUUCCUGCUAUGACUGGUGCCAUAUGCAAGGCCUGGCUUCCUGGUACACGUACAAAUGCCAAAGGGCUACCUAAGCUCUGUGUGUGAUGCCAACUUCCAUUGCCAUCUUCUUGCACCGGAGUUCCUAGGAGGUCUUCUCUUUCAAGGAUUUCUUGAGCUGACUUGUAUCAAGUGGGAUCUUGGGGGCCUACCAAAGGUGGGUGUAUUCCAGGCCUGGACUACAACUUGCAGUUUUUGAAUUUCCUAACACGCUGUCAAGAGAUUAGUCUCCUCAAUUUUCAGAUCUCUAAAGAGAAUGCCCCUUCCCUGCCUUAGGUUAGGUCAUGAAUUCUGUUGGGAUCUGAACAAUUGGGGGGGGGGGCUUGUUUAGCUGGAAGCAUCAAAGCAAUGAUCUCCCAGAGGUGCAUUCAGACAACCAGGAGAUGAAACAGCAGCAUAUUUGGCCCUCUGGUAAUGUUAUACUUGUGUUGGCAGUGAAAGGGACACUGUCGGUAUCUCAGCCCAGUGCUGCUGCUGACGAUCAUGCUGCCUGCUUCGCCUCUCCCCCCCACCACCUUUGCUGUCACAAUCAACUUCUUAUCUUCUGUUUGAAGGCCCCCAUCCAUCCAGACACCAGAUGGCUUCUGCUCUGAGCAUUGUCUUCAGAAGGCUCAUCCCCCCCCUCAAGUUCAGCUUUCUGUCCUCUGUAGGUUACCAAAGCAUUCUGUGUGGUGUGCAGAGCCCCGCCAAAAAUUCAGUUCUUCCUCCCCUUUCCAUGCCACUUGCUCCUUAUACACCUUUCAGUCUGUUGUACAUAUAUUUUUUAUCACAUUUACCAUUUUAAAAGGCAAAAGAAUAUUUAUUUGAAAAGUUUAUUUUAAAAGAUUUAAUAAAAGAAAUGCAUCCAAAC